GUGUGUGUGUGUGCGCAGCCAGCGGGAGGAAGAGGAGGAGGUGGAUGGUAAGAAGGAGGAGCAGAGGAGGCCUGCCAUAGAGGGACGGGUAGACAUCACAACGCUCUGCCUGAUGGAGACGAACCAGGAGGAACUUGCCGACACACUGUGGGGCGGAUCUGCUGCUGUUGAGUUCCAACAUAAAAUCAAGUCUCAUUUGAAGAAGAAGUUCAGGUGUGUGUUUGAGGGAAUCACUAAACCAGGACAGCCAACACCUCUGAAUGACUUAUACACAGAGAUCUUCAUCACAGAGAGAGGCAGUGGAGAGGUCAACCGAGAACAUGAGGUCAGACUGAUUGAAACAGCUUCCAGGAAACCAGUCAAGGAGGAAACACCAAUAAAAUGUGAGGAACUCUUUAAACCCUUACCUGGACAAGAAAAACCAGAUAAACCAAUCAGGACAAUAAUGACAACUGGACCGGCCGGCAUGGGUAAAACCGUCUUAACACACAAGUUCAGUCUGGACUGGGCUGAAGGCAAAACAAACCACAACAUAGACUUCACAUUUCUCUUGACUUUCAGAGAGCUGAAUUUACUGAAAGGGAAAGAGUUUAGCUUGGUGGAACUUCUUCAUCACUUCUUUAUUGAAACCAAAGAAUCAGGAAUCUGCAGAUACGACCUGUAUCAAGUUGUCUUCAUCUUGGAUGGUCUAGAUGAGUGUAGACUUCCUCUGGACUUUGAGAACAACCAGAUCUGGACUGAUGUCACAAAGUCCACCUCGAUAGACGUGCUGCUGACAAACCUCAUCAGGGGCAACCUGCUUCCCUCCGCUCGCAUCUGGAUAACCACACGCCCUGCGGCAGCCAAUCAGAUCCCUGCUGAGUGUGUUGACAUGGUGACAGAGGUGAGAGGCUUCAACGACUCACAGAAGGAGGAGUACUUUAAGAAAAGAUUCAAAGACAAGAAUCUUUCCAGCAUAAUCAUCUCCCACGUCAAGGAAUCACGGAGCCUCCACAUCAUGUGUCACAUCCCAGUCUUCUGUUGGAUUACUGCUUCAGUUCUGGAGGACUUUUUCAAAACAUCCACGAUGGGAGAAAAUAUGCCCAACACUGUGACUCAGAUGUACAUCCACUUCCUGAGGGUACAGUCCAUACAGGGGGAGAGGAAGUAUCAUGGGAGAGCUGAAACAGAUCCAGACUGGAGUUCAGAGAGCAGGGAGAUCAUUGUUUCUCUGGGAAAACUGGCUUUUAAGCAGCUGGAUAAAGGCAACCUGAUCUUCUACGAGGCAGACCUGACAGAGUGUGACAUCGAUAUCAGAGCAGCCUCAGUGUACUCAGGAGUGUUCAACCAGAUCUUUAAAGAGGAGUGUGGGCUGUACCAGGACAAGGUGUUCUGCUUUGUCCAUCUGAGCCUCCAGGAGUUUCUGGCUGCCCUUGAUGUCUUUCUGUCAUUCAUCGACGCUGAGGUCGAUCUGCUCUCAGAAGAACAACCAACCUCCGGGGAAAAUAAACUCCUCGAACUUCUCCAGUUUUGUGUGGACGAGGCCUUAAAGAGGGAGAACGGACACCUGGACUUGUUUCUGCGCUUCCUCCUGGGCCUCUCUCUGGAGACCAGUCAGAAUCUCUUAGGAGGUCUGCUGGGACAGACAAUAGGUAGCUCCCAGACCAUUAAGGAAACAGUAUCUUACAUCAAGGAGAAGUUAAAUGGAGAUCUCCCUCCAGAGAGAAGCAUCAAUCUGCUCCACUGCCUGAAUGAGCUGAACGACCAUUCUCUGGUGGAGGAGAUCCAACAGUACCUUACAUCAGGAAGCAUCUCAACAGAAUCUCUCACCCCUGGUCAGUGGUCUGCUCUGGUCUUUAUGUUAAUGUCAUCAGAAGAGGAGCUAGACGUGUUUGACCUGAAGAAAUACUCUGCUUCAGAGGAAGGUCUUCGGAGGUUGCUGCCAGUGUUCAAAGCCUCCAAAACAUAUCUGUUGAAUGGCUGUCAUCUGUCAUGGAGAUGCUGUGAAGCUCUGGCCUCAGUUCUCAGCUCCAACUCCUCUAGUCUGAGAGAGCUAGACCUGAGUAACAAUGAUCCGCAGGAUUCAGGAGUGAUGCUGCUCUCUGCUGGACUGGGGAGUCCGAACUGUUCACUGGAAACUCUCAGGCUGAACGGCUGUCAGCUGUCAGAGGAAUGCUGUGACGCUCUGGCCUCCAGUCUCAGCUUUAACUCUAGUCUGAGAGAGCUGGACCUGGGUAACAAUGAUCUUCAGAAUUCAGGAGUGGAGCUGCUCUCUGCUUCACUUGGGAGUCCACACUGUACACUGAAAACUCUCAGGCUGAAUGGCUGUCAUCUGUCAGAGAGAUGCUGUGAAGAUUUGGCCUCAGUUCUCAGCUCCAACUCUUCUAGUGUGAGAGAGCUGGACCUGAGCACCAAUGAUCUGCAGGACUCAGGAGUGAAACUGCUCUCUGCUGGACUGGGGAGUCCACACUGUACACUGGAAACUCUCAGGCUGAAUGACUGUCAUCUGUCAGAGAGAUGCUGUGAAGAUUUGGCCUCAGUUCUCAGCUCCAACUCUUCUAGUCUGAGAGAGCUGGACCUGAGCACUAAUGAUCUGCAGGACUCAGGAGUGAAACUGCUCUCUGCUGGACUGGGGAGUCCACACUGUACACUGGAAACUCUCAGGCUGAAUGACUGUCUUCUGUCAGAGAGAUGCUGUGAAGAUUUGGCCUCAGUUCUCAGCUCCAACUCUUCUAGUCUGAGAGAGCUGGACCUGAGCACCAAUGAUCUGCAGGACUCAGGAGUGAAACUGCUCUCUGCUGGACUGGGGAGUCCACACUGUACACUGGAAACUCUCAGGCUGAAUGACUGUCAUCUGUCAGAGAGAUGCUGUGAAGAUUUGGCCUCAGUUCUCAGCUCCAACUCUUCUAGUCUGAGAGAGCUGGACCUGAGCACCAAUGAUCUGCAGGAUUCAGGAGUGAAGCUGCUCUCUACUGGACUGGGGAGUCCACACUGUACACUGGAAACUCUCAGCUUGUCUGGCUGCCUGGUCACACAGGAAGGCUGUGCUUCUCUGGCCUCAGCUCUGAGUUCCAACCCCUCCCAUCUGAGAGAGCUGGACCUGAGCUACAAUCACCCAGGAGACUCAGGAGCUGCGCUGCUCUCUGCUGGAGUGGAGGAUCCACGCUGGAGACUGGACACU